AUGGACGAAGAAGCUGCCGGAAGUUCAUCGCAAUUGGACGAAACUUUUGGGAACAAAGAAGGACUCGAACUUCUCGAUUAUGAAAGAGCAACUCUUGCGAAGACGCUACCAGCAAGUGUUCUUUUCGUCGUCGCCAAUGGAUUGGGAAUUGAACGUCUUUUCCUCGAGCACCUGAUUCUCUUCUCCGAUCGUCGUCUUCUCGCGUUCGUUCUGAACACGAACGAGCACGACGAGAGUUACUUCGCUUCGAAACUCAAAGAGCACGGCGUGGACAGUGAGCCGAAAGUGAUCAAUUCUGAAGUUUCCAUCAAAGACCGUCAGUCCAUCUAUCUGGACGGUGGGGUUCAGUUCUGCUCCAGUCGCGUUCUUCUGGUCGAUCUCCUUCAGAAUCGCAUUUCUACUGAUCGCAUUGCUGCAAUUCUCGUCUACAGAGCUCAUCAGUGAGUUAUCAAUCUGAAGAAUAACACAGAUAAUGGAAGAUUUCAGAACUUUGAAUGCGUUCCAAGACUCGUUCAUAUUGCGUCUUUACCGUGAGAAGAAUCCGAAUGGAAUGGUGAAGGCCUUCACGGACGUGCCCAAUACUCUUUCCUCUCUCGGUCAAUUGCAACGUCUUGUUGACCGUCUUUACGUCCGAAACGUUGAGCUCAUGCCACGUUUCUCGAAUAUCAUCGAGACGGAACUGCAGAGACACCAGCUGAGAACCGCCAUUUUCUCUGUCGACGUCCCCACUCCUCUUCGCCGAAUCCAUCGGGCUCUCAUCGAUUUCAUCAAAGUUUGUAUCCGUGAUCUGCGAACGUGCUCGACUUCUGGGAAGCAAGCCGAUGAGCAGAACGAGGACAUGGCGCACGUGCCAUGGGCGACGACUCGGCUAGAGAAACGGCUGCGAGACCGACGAGGACACAUUUCCGACAAGCAACAACGUCUUCUAAACGACGUGGCCUCGUUGAGAUCAGUUCUGGAAAUGUCCGAGAACAUGGAUGCAGCGACUGUUAUUGCUGAGUUGAGACGACUCAAGAACGACCCGAUUGUGCUGGAAGAACACAGCGGAUGGCUCAUGUCUUCCUCGUUCAAUCGCAUCAUGGAGGAUCUUCUGGCGAUGGCCGGAGUCACCAACGGAAAAGGAGAUCUGAAGAAGUUUGCAGUGCCUGCGAAGUGGAAUGUUCUGGCAGAAGUGAUCAAUGAAAUCAAGAAUAUUCCUCUGGAAAAACGAGAAUAUAUGGAUUGUCGUGAGUCUAUAGAAAAUUUGUAAAACAGCAAAAUUAUGAAUUUCAGCACCGUCCGUUCUUCUAAUUACAAAUUCCGAACUACUGAGCCGUCAGGUCACGGAUAUUAUCAAACACGGAAUGAAUAAAGUGAAAUGGAUGGCAUGGAAGUCUCUGGAAUACAAGAUAACACAUCCGAUGCCUGACGACGAGCCCCUUUGGGAUCCCGAGCACAUUUCUCAACUGAUUCGAAGCACAUUGGUUGGAGGACAGCGGAGAAAAGGGCGGUUUUAACUUUGAAUUUUCAGGACGAAGAAACGAAAAGUGAAGUGAUCGCCAAUGUGCAAAAGUCACAGAAGAUCACUGCGAGGGCAGCCCAGAAGCGAAGAAAGCACGCGGAGGAUAUGCACGGAUUCUCGUCGACUUCUGGAAUUCAACAGAGCAUCGUUUCGUACGGAAUCCUGCAGUACAAACGAAGAAAAUCUGGAAAUGAGGUGAGAAAAGAAGGGGGUAACAAAGGGAUUCAUUCAACAGGACGGAACAAUUAUAAAAGAGAAUUAUUACUGAGCCUCUGGAAGUUGGGUGAAGAACUCGAUCUGCAUGUCGGUGUCCGAUGGGAAGCCGGCCAGAGCAGUCACCAGCUUGGAGAGAGUCGAGAACUGA